CCACCGUAAUCGGGCGGACGCUGGGACUCUGCGGUCAACAGAACAAACAGACCCCGGCUGCUGCUGCUCCCGCUGCUCCUCCUGAGGUUCUUCCUUCUCCGGCAGCCAGCGCGACCGCGCCUGUAGAACAUUAAACCUCCAUCAAACACGAAAGGGUUUCGCAAAACGGCCGUGGGAGUCACAGUGACAUGGACAGCCACAGAAGUCACACACCCUGCAGAACUAACACAGGAGUCGUGCCUGAAGUGCCAAGCAGAAAAUGACUCAGGGAAAUGGAAUCAAAGGGACGAGCGAUUGUUGGCUCCACUCCGAGGACAGCAGCGUUUGUGAGCAGGCCAAAGGUAUGGAGUGUGACAACGUUUAUGAGGCCCACGACUGUGAACCCAAAAGUGGGGGACCGGGGGAAGAAGAACCCAGAGACUCUGAGGCUGUAAGGGGGCCCGUCACAGCUCCAGAUGGCGGAUGGGGCUGGGUGGUGCUGGUUGCCACCACCUUGGUCCUGGCUUUGACCCUGGCCUUCCCUUCAUGUGUGGGGAUCUUUUACACAGACUUGCAGAAUGAUUUCCACGCCUCUAACAGUGCAACCUCCUGGGUGCCCUCCAUCAUGACAUCCGUGCUUCAUGUAGGAGGUCCCUUUUGUAGCGUGUUGGUGGAGAGACUUGGCUGCCGAGGCACGGUCAUGUUGGGUGGAGUCCUGAGUGGGCUUGGAAUGGCUGCCAGCUCAUUUACCCAGUCCAUCACCCAGCUAUACAUCACAGCUGGGGUUAUUACAGGACUCGGUUUCUGCUUCAGCUUCCAGCCAGCUGUGACAAUCCUUGGACACUACUUUGUACGCCGUCGCACAUUUGCUAAUGCCAUGUCCUCCACGGGCACAGCCCUGGGACUGUGCACUCUGCCUAUCCUUGGUAACUACCUCCAUACAGAACUGGGCUGGAGAGGAAGCUUCCUUGUUCUGGGGGCCGUGCUGCUCAACUGUUGUGUUUGUGGCGCAGUCAUGAGGCCGCUCCAGCCCCGCAAGCACAGAGGCAAGCCUCUGAUGAACCAUGAUCCCCAUCCAUCAGAGAAGGAAAAAGCCAGCAAGGAAAAAGGCUGUAUGAGGAUAGUAUUUAACUACCUGCUUGCCUCCCUGAGCAAACACAUGGCCUUUGACCAGUUCUACAACAACCGACGUUACUGUAUGUAUUCCAUAGGCAUCACCUGGAUGAUGCUUGGGUUUGUGGUGCCGUUGAUUUAUCUGGUUCCCUAUGCCACCGCAAACGACAUGGAGCAGGACCGGGCCGCACUGCUGCUUUCCAUCCUGGGAAUUGUCAAUAUUGUGGUGCGACCUCCAAUAGGGGUCAUUUUCAACAUGCCCUGGUUCAAGGGGCGACACAUUUACAUAUUUGCCUCGGCUUUGCUGGUCAACGGGCUCAGCAACAGUAUCUGCUGCAUUGGGCCAAGUUUCCCAGUGCUGUUGGCUUACGUGAUAACCUACGGCCUGUCCAUGAGCUUGGUGGGCUCCCUGAUGUUUACCGUCCUCAUGGAUGUAGUGGACAUGAGCCGCUUCCCCUCAUCCCUCGGCCUACUUGCUGUCAUGGAGAGCGUCACGCUUCUCAUUGGGCCUCCUCUGGCAGGGAUCCUGAUUGACUACACUGGCCAGUACUACCACGUAUUCUUUGUCUGCAGUGCUGUUGUCGCCUCAGCCGCCGUGUUCCUCAUGGUGUCAUUUUACUGGCUGGACAAGCAGGAGAGGAGAAACGUGCCUCAGCAGAGUCAGUCGUCCCCUCUGCCUAACCCGGCACCACCUGCUGUCGACAUAGCUCCGGGCUGCCAGUACAGCAGUGUGCCCACAGAGGGAGACAAAGACAAGGUGUCGACCAAGGGGGCAGAAAACAACACCAGUGUCUGAAGCUGCUCACACAGCGUAAGCUUGCCUGGUGCACCAGAUGGUGCAAAGUUUACAUUUUAGUGGUUGAAAGGCUUUGCACACCUGACCUGGUCUCAAUUUUGCCCUGUGAGAUAAACAUCUGCCAUCUGGUCUGCCAUAAAAGUUAGGGGGGAAAAAAUAUAUAUCGUUCUAUGAAUAAUUAACGCAAUAUGAUCUCUCAGAAUCAGCAGAUGUGCACUUGCAACCACAAAGUGAUUAUACUGUUAAUUGUAAAAAUGCUGCAGAUCGUAUCCAUAGGAUCACGCCUUCAUACGUCAUAUGAGAUAUCUCACUUUAUUAAGUCAAGUCAUUUUAUGCGAUCCUAGGGAAAUCUUACCAAAAAAAAGCAUUUCAGAUGUGUACUGUUGAACACUGGUAUAGUCAGCUUAACCAUCAGUGUUUUAUUCACUUAAUUACCAUCAGUGCUUGAAGUGGUAAAAAAACAAGUGCUGGUACUCCCCUUAUCCAGAUACAUGUCUGUAAGUAUUACUUCAUCAUUUAACAAUAAAUUAUGAAAAUCUUCAGUAAAUAAAAGACACCAUAAGAUGUAAGUAAUGUUCACAACAUCUAUUUAUUUAAAUAUUCAGUCUAUAUUAAAAUAAAUAACUUACUGCAUGUUUCACAUUUUUGCCAGCUCGUUUAGAUUAUCCUUUAAACUUUAUAGUUGGUGAAUAUAACUAAGCAUUAAUGAAAAUCUUUUAAACGCUUUUAAUAGAUAUUGUUCUUCUUCUUCUGCCUUUAGGGGUUGGACACAGCAGAUAAUCUGCCUCAUAGAUAUAAAA